UAUCAUGGCGCGAGGAGAGCAUCAGCAGUUGCUGCCCAAGAGCGACGACAUCGACGUGCAAUUGUCCGUGCGAGACGGGCUAGCGACGACCAUUUCGACACCCAAGCGAAGAGUGCCGCGAGUGCAUCGAGCUCGCUCUUGCGCGUCACUGCGUGCAGACAUCUGGACACUGCUACACUACCGCACGUCGCUAAAGCAGCGCUCGGGUCUGCAGCGGGCAUCGUAUAUCUUUGAGGUGUGCGUACUAGUGCUCAUCACACUCAACGUGGUGUUGGCCAUGUAUGUUUCAGCUACACCACUUGGCAACGAGCCGGUGACAAAGUCCGACUGGUACGAAAUGUUCCUGUACGUGUCGACGGCACUCUUCACUGUGGAGUACCUGAUGCGUCUCUGGUCGUGCAUAGAAGACAAGCGCUUUACACAUCCAGUGUGCGGAAGGUUGAAGUGGAUGCUCCGACCGAUGUCUGUAAUUGAUCUCGUGGUGCUGAUUCCGUUUUACCUGGAGAUCUUGCUGGAGCACCAACUUGCUGUGUCGUCACGGGGUGUUUUGACACUGAGAGGGUUUCGAUUGUUGCGAAUCAUGUCGUUUCUGCACUUGGAACGCUCCUACCAAGCGAUGAAGAAUCUGCGCGAGAUUUUUGCACUAAAGAAGGAGGAACUCGCAGUCGUGACCUAUUUGACGAUUGUCAUCGUACUAACGUCAUCUACGACCAUCUUCUUUCUAGAGAAUCCAGCGCAACCAGAGGUAUUCACAAGCAUCGGCACAUGCUCGUGGUGGGCUAUUGAAACCAUUACGUCUCUCGGAUAUGGCGAUAUCGUCCCCAUUACUGCUGCGGGCCGCGCUUUCUCGUCUCUGCUGGCGCUCUGGGGCAUCAUCCUGUUUACAAUUCCUGGUGCUGUCCUCGGCAGUGGCUUCGUCGAGGUCAUGCUCAAAAAGCAGGAACAGAAGAAUGAGCAAGCCAUGGAAGAGUCGAUUCGAACGUCACUGACACGAGAGCUGCGUACACUUAGCUCCAGCAAUAUAUUUUUUGCAGGUACGUUCGCCGAAUUCACCGAGCUUGCUGUGCUCGAGUGCUGAUGCUUACGUUCAGCAGGCAAUCUUGACUCUCCAAGAACGGACUUAGACUCGCCAUUAGGGGCAACCCAGUCGUUUUCAGUUCCACCUUCCGCCAAUUCAACACGGUACGACUACCCGUCGUUUGCGGCCCCUGCACCCCCAGUCGUGCGGCUUCAAGAGCAAGUUGACAGGCUCAACGCAACACAGGUUCGUACAUCGUACUACUUGAUCGGUGCCAGGUAAGCCCAAACCUCACACCUCCCAUCGUACAGCUUCAGCUCCAAGCGCAACUAAAUCGCCAAGAAACUCAACUACAGACAAUAUUGGCAUUGUUGGAGAAGUCUCUAGCCCAGUCAGACCCGUCAGAAAAUGCCGUGCCACCAUUCAGCGCCAUCGUGCCUCCUGAGUAAGCGGACAAGUGAUGGAUAGUGAAAUCAUUUCUAAUACAUGUAUACAAUGUAUCCAUUUCUAAAACAAAUUUUUAAC